GUUGAAAAAGAACGUCAUCUGCCUCAUACAUUUAGCUUUAGCCAAGAUUAGCUAGGCGUGCAAAACGAGUGUUUUUCUUUUCAACCGGCAGCAUACGUGACUAUUAUUUAUUUGGUGCUCCCUGGGUGUGCAGUGCCAAACAUGUAUAUAAAAGCCUUGUUCCGAUGCAGAGACAUGCUGAAAGGAGAACUGACCGUGUGAAAUGCUGGCUAGCUUAAUCAAAGCUAGCUGACGAGCAGGGGCCGAGGAACGAAAGUGGCUAACAUUAACGGGAGUUAAGCCUAUCACAAAAAGCCUGGACACUUAAACAUACCUGAUCCUGAAGCCACAAGAAGAAGGGCUGAAAGAGAUACUUCCUAUCCUACAAAGUAGCAGUGGGACUCGAGCAGAGCCAUGGGUGCUUUCCUGGACAAACCCAAGACGGAGAAGCACAACUUGCAUGGUGAGGGCAAUGGCCUGCGCUACGGCCUGAGCUCCAUGCAGGGCUGGCGGGUGGAGAUGGAAGAUGCUCAUACAGCUGUGUUGGGACUUCCUGCUCCUGGUAUGACUGACUGGUCGUUUUUUGCUGUGUACGAUGGUCAUGCUGGCUCGCGGGUUGCCACCUAUUGCUCUAAGCAUCUUCUGGAACACAUAAUCAGUGCUAGCUUAGGGGCCAGGGGGACACAAGGCUUGCAGGCUGGUUCAGAUGGUUCCACCAGUGACCCUCCAGCACCAGUACCUCCAACAGUAGAGUCUGUGAAAGCCGGGAUCCGGACAGGCUUCCUGAGGAUUGACGAGCACAUGCGCAGCUUCUCUGACCUUCGAAAUGGCAUGGACCGUAGUGGUUCCACAGCAGUGGGAAUCCUCCUGUCACCCGAUCAUUUUUUCUUCAUUAACUGUGGUGAUUCUCGAGCUGUUCUGUACCGCAAUUCACAUGUGUGCUUCGCCACACAUGACCACAAGCCUUGCAACCCACGCGAGAGAGAGCGCAUCCAGAAUGCUGGUGGCUCAGUGAUGAUUCAGAGGGUAAAUGGGUCACUGGCCGUAUCAAGAGCCUUGGGGGACUAUGAUUACAAGUGUGUGAAUGGGAAGGGCCCCACAGAGCAGCUGGUUAGCCCUGAACCAGAAGUGUUUGAGAUGGUUCGGGCCCCGGAACAGGAUCAGUUUGUGAUCCUGGCGUGUGAUGGCAUCUGGGAUGUCAUGUCCAAUGAGGAGCUGUGCGAAUUUGUGAAAUCUAGGCUUGAGGUGUCUGAUGACCUGGAAAGAGUCUGCAAUGAAGUGGUGGAAACCUGCCUGCACAAGGGGAGUCGGGAUAACAUGAGUGUUGUGUUAGUGUGUUUGCCCAGCGCUCCCAAAGUAUCAGAGGAAGCUGUGAGGAAAGACGCUGAGCUCAACAAAUACCUGGAGUCUCGAGUGGAAGAGAUGCUGUCUCGGCCGGGGGAGGAGGGGUUUCCGGACCUGGUAACAGUGAUGCGGAACCUGUCCACUGACAGCGGCAUGCCCCCUCUGCCACCAGGGGGAGGCCUUGCCAGCAAACGCAGUGUUAUUGAAGCAGUAUACAACCGCCUGAACCCAUACAGGGAGGAAGAUGGGCCCUCCUGUUUCAUUUGAGCGGAGCUGAUUUGGAGUACCACUGGUAGCUGUCCAGCACAACUGCCUGAUCCAAAAAAAAAAAAACAGGACCACUUUUCCACACAAGAUCACAUCCAUAGUCACCUUUUAAUUUCCUCUGGGAUUUUUUAAAUUUUUUUUCCUCACACUGAGAGAUCAAUUAAAACAGAAAUCCUGGUUUUAGAAACACACAACACACCCAACGUGGAGGACUGCGAAACAAAUUUUGUUGGUUCUUUUUAUAGAACAAAAUGGGGGGGAGGGGAGAACAAGCAUCAAUGGUCUGAAAUGAGAACUGCAUAUACAGUAUAUACAACAUAGGAGAGGCAAACAAGCACAGUUUCUCUUGCCCCUCGUUUUCUUGCUUUCUUUGUAGUGGUUGUUUUUGUUGUGGAUUGACGGAGACACAGGAGCAGCCCUGCUCUGAACACUUUGGGGCUCCAUGGUGCCUUGCUCAGAACUGAGAGAGGAGGAGGACCUCAUAACAGCCAGCCAUGACCAAACCAGCCACUCACGGAUGUUUGUAAGACACUGAUUGGACUUUAGUGCUUUGUUGGCUGCAUUUUUUUGGCAUUAUUUCUUUGAAGUGUGAACUUUACUUACACCUGACUGGUAGCCAAUCGACCACACAAGCCUGUGAUUUCCACACACCUUAAGCUACGCUGUCCAGUUCAGGCAAGCUUGGGUUUCUGAGCAUUACUAGUGCUCAAAUAGGGCCCAACACUAAACCUGCCCGUGCACCUGGCUCGCUGGAGAAAGCCUCAUGGAACUCCCAAGUCCUCGCUUUCCAAAGACCUUUGGAUGAAAGCCUCAGAUUCACCACCAGAGAGCUCCACUGCCUGAGGCUGCACACCUGAACAGAAGGGGAACACUCAUGAGAGAACCGGGUCCGUCUGGCAAAGAAUUUGGCUCCUCCGUACUGUGUCCAGACUAAAACAGGACAUGGGCUUGUGUGCCUGGCUGCAGAUAGGAAUUACAAAACAGUUUAAACUCAAGUGUGACGACUCUUCUUGCACGUCCCCGCUCACUUUCUUUCCUCUCGUCUCUUAAAGGAUUUUAUCAAACGGUUUUCUCACUUUUCGCCUGUCUCUCUCUCUUUUCGCUUUCUCUGUUUCUUCAUAUGACAGACUCAGCUGUCAUUUGCAUUGGCAGACAUGGCCAGAAACAUAAGCUUUUGAGCCUGCUGUUGUUUAGGAGAUAGAAAGAUAGAAAUUAUAUAUAUAUAUAUUAAAUUCAUAUAUAAAUAUAUAUAUAUACAUAGAUAUAUAUUUUGAUUUGUUUGUUUCAUCUUAAUUCCCAGCCAUGGUAUUCGUUGUGGCCUAAUGAGUGUGUGUGUGUGCGUGAGUGUGUGCGUGAGUGUGUGUUUGUGUGUCUUUAAACAAACUAAAACAUAAAAAUUCCAAGUUGCACACACAGUGUUCCCACACAGCAGCGUUCCAAAGACAGGGUUUGGGAUAAAGGGAUUCCAGCCUCAUGUUCUUCUUCCCUCUCUCUCUCUCUCUCAACACAUGUAAACACACAAACCUGCUUGUGCUACAACUUGCCUUUUUCUGUUUCUCAAAUACCUUGUGUAAGGAAAAAACAAACAAAAAAAAAAAAAAUUAUGCCCUUUUUGUUUUGAUUGAAAAAAUUCCAUCAUUUGUCCUCUUUUUUUUUUCUUUUUUUUUUUUUAAAUGUUUUUUGGUAUAUAUGGCUUUUCAGAGUACUGUGGCUGUGGCUCCUAUUACAGACGGAUAAGGAAAUAACAAGGGGAGCAGGAAAUACAUCUUGUACAGCAGAGUGGGAGAGAGAAGUAGGUUUUUGGUGCUUCACUGUAUGAAGCAAAGGAGGGUGACUGCAGGACAGAAGAGAAUAGGCCCCCAGAGCUUAGGUUGCUGUCCUUAAUUUGUCCACAGUUACCUUCAUAGACUUUGCCUCAAAGGCACAGGGCGGUUGCUGGGAAAGCGCUAGUUUGACUCUUGGAUUGACCAGGAGUCCGUCUCAUUUCUGUCUACCCGAGCACUAAAAAAUGAUGAAACCUCAGAGGCAAAUAUUUGUCAGAAAAAACCUCUUCCUGUCUUUUUGAAACAAAUGUGUGCAUAGACAAAAGUGGAUACACAUACUUUGACUGUGUACUCUUUUCUGUAGAUGCAUUUAGAAUAUAUACACAACUGUAAUAUACACUUUUGUUUUUUUUUCAAUCAUUCAAUGGUAAAUUCAUUGUGCUUUCUUGAGUGGCAGUAUUGAAAGAGAAUAGGCCUAAAAGAGUUUGGUGGCUGGUUAAUGUUCUUGUGGUACACUUGCUCUUGGUGCCAUAUGACAAUAGGUACUUGAAUGUGUAGUUCUUUUGCAGUUGCGUUGUUUUAAUGGGAUGAUUGUUUUUUUUUUUUUCUUUGUUUGUGGUGGAGGGAGUGGGAGGGGUGGGAUCUCUAUAGUUGUGCAUGUUUUGUGAUUGAGGGAGGAGUGUAUUUUGUGUGUGAGAGGGAGAUGUACUGGGCGGGUGGGGAUAACGUGGGCAUGUUCAGUGUGGUGGAACGCAAUGUUAGAGAGGAAAGGUGAUGGUAAAAAAAACAACCCAGAGAAAAAAUAGAUGGCGGGAUAUUUUUCUUUUAAUUAGACUGAAAUCCAACUGAUCAUUAAAGAAAGAAAAAGGGAAAAAAAGUUUUUCACUGAUUUGAUAUUCUUCCUGAAGUGAAAUCAUUCCCAUUGUGGACUCUUAUAUUUCACAACUCAUAUUUCCCGACUUUAACAUUGUAUAAGAUUUUACCACACUGAACACAACCCUCAGUUUAAGGUUUAUGUUUAAGCUAUAUCAGACACUGGGCUAGGAGAGGAGUUAAGGGAGGGAAGGAGGGAGAAACAUUUAUUUUUCUGAAUGUAAUUUCCACUGCAUGGACUGAAUACGAGCAGCACUGCAGCAUCACAUUCUCUCCUCAUCAGUCAUUUAAUGGCAGAACAAGCUCUCUUGGCUUCCUUUUUGGUGAAAAAAAAACAAACUACUACUACUACAACAACAAAAAAAACAAAACAAAACUUGAUAUUAUAUUCCACAUCCAGAAAAACGAUCAAGACUCACAUGGAAGGACUUUUUACUUUUUUUUUUUUUUUUUUUUUUUUUUUUUUUUGAAGGAGACUUUGCAGGUUUGGUGAUGCCUGAAUGAUUUGAACCUGGCUUGUUGCUUUGAUUUGAGGAUAUGUUAAGCAAAGAGAGUUUUACAAAGCAUAUUGUCUCCUGAACCUGUCUGUUAAUUUGGGGCCGGCGGGGUCAAUGUGACUGAGGACGCCAGAAGGGAGGCGAGGAUUUGGAAACGGCUACAAAAUGUCAAAACGGCACAAGACAGACAUGACAUUCCUCUUGUGAGCUUUUUGUAGGAUGCGGAUGAACCCUAGUACUCUGCCACCUCUUUCUGUCGUCUCUGGUCACUCCUCAUAUACAUACUGUUAGAACUGACAGAUGUAUGAUGGCUAUGAUGAAUUCCAAACUUGUUUUUAUUUAUUCCAGUGCUUUCUGGCUCCUAUAAACAUGCUGUAUUUUCUAGACAGAAUGAGGUAACGAUAAGCUGGUGUGCAAUUGAGAGUGAUGUAUGAACCACUCACCUCCACCCUUGAGAAGGCUAAAAGAAGGUGAGGUUUAUGAGACAUCCAGGGCAUUGACCAUCCCUUCUUCCUGUACUAACUUCCCAGUAUGCUAUUGUGAUGUUACAGACCAUGAAUAUAAACAUCAAUAAAAGAUGGAUUUAAGUUUAAACAGUU